AUGUUGGGUGUAUUAAGAAUAAUAUUGUGCCUGCAGCUGCUGGUAGUCACCCUGUGUAUGGUGGAUGCCCGCUGGACGGUCCGCCCUAGGCGCACCACCACCACCACAGUCAUGCCAAGACGCAGCACAACAGCGACGAGCGACCGCCAUCAACACUUGCAUCACUGGCCACCACUUGUGGCUCCGCCGGCACCACAACUGCAACCCACAUUCAAGCCCGAGUCCACCGACGAAAUUCGACUCGUUGAUGGCUUUGAUCAACGCUCGAUAGAUGGACAACAUGAGUACAGAUAUCAGCUGAGCAAUGGAGACACUCGAUACGAACGCACCUACUGGCUGCCCGUGGGCAAGAAAUUUGUGUUGGCUCGCACUGGUUACUAUUCGGUGCCGUUGCCCGGUGCUCAAUACUCGACAACCUUCUACAGGGCAGAUCACCUAGGCUACCAUGUGGACACGCACACAUUAUCCGGAGAGCAGCCGCUGUUGCCCCGCAGACUCGAUCUGCCCCACAAAGUGGCAGGCAUGAAGUCAACGUCAGCAGCUAAGCGAAAUUCAAUAAGCGUGCCAGAGCGUAACGACUUGAAGCCGGAGCUGCAUUCAGAUGCUCAGUCCGAAGUCAAAGUUCAAGCUGUGGCAGUGGAGGCGAAUACUCUGAGCCAAAACCUAACCAAGCUAUCAACUGUGGCCACACUCGACGACGUUUUUGCAGCUAAACUUGGCACAGCUGCAACAGCAGUGAAUGACGACAAUGCUGAUGAUGAUGCUGAUUCUAACGAACCAAAUGUGGCGAAGUAUCAAACAGCUCCUCUAAAUUAG